GCAUGACCUUCAACCCACCCCCCUCAGGGUAGGGGCGGAGAGAGGAAUAAUUGGGAAUGAACAAACUCAGAGACCCUUUCUGCUCACGGAAGGGAAGGGUCAGGUCUGCAGAGAUCUCACGAUGCCCUUCACUGAACUAGUUCAACAUCUAAAGUAAGAACUUGUAGCCACCGCUUUUCUCCUGAUCUGGCUGGAAGGCUUUAGAGAUCCCUUCAAAAGAGGGAGAGAAGCAGGCCAAGAGAGUAACAAAAGGAGACAGGCAAGAAACAAACAGGAAUUGCCAGGGACAAAGAGAGAAAGCAAAAACCUGAAGGGCAGAGAAGAAAGAUAGACCCAGAGGAGGACAGAAGGAGGUAGACCAGGAAGAAGAGAUUGGAUUCAACGCACAACAAGGAAUCUGCUCCUUCUCCUGGUCAGUGGACUGGUGAGGAUGAACUGAAGCUAGAAAGGACAAGAAGACAUUGAGCAGCUUGAGACACCAAGAGGCCACAGAAUCACCCUACGGGGAUGCAUAGCCCAGUCAUGAUCUGCUUUGUUUUAGUGUGUUUCUUAUGGGUCCCCCAAGUAAAAGGUGAGGAAGGCUGUCUCAACACUGAACUCUGUUCAGGUACAGAGUGGGACCGUUUGUGGUAUAUCUGGCUGGUGGUGGUCAUUGGUGGGCUGCUGCUCCUGUGUGGCCUGGUUUCUGUCUGCGUGAGGUGCUGUUUCCAUUGCCGUCAGACAGGGGAGGAAUCGGGCCCUCAGCCCUACGAGGUCACCGUCAUUGCUUUUGAUCACGACAGCACCCUCCAGAGCACCAUUACCUCUCUCCAUUCUGUGUUUGGGCCCGCUGCCAGGAGGAUAUUAGCGGUGGCACACUCCCAUAACGCUGCACAGGGAACACCACCCCUCUCAGCAUCAGACACUCCUCCAGUCUACGAAGAAGCUCUGCACAUGAGCAGAUUCACAGUCGCCAAGACAGGGCAGAAAGUGCCAGACCUGGAUCCAGUGCCGGAGGAAAAACUGCAGGCAUCUGCUGAGGGCAAGGAUGCCCAGCCAGCCCUCCCAGGACACUAGUGCCUGUUUCUACUGAAUGGCAAAUAAUGCAGAAUAGUUACAUGCAGAGACUAAUUCUUCUGAGCAGGCUUAGGAAUAUCAGAUUAACCUCCUCAGUCUAAUGAGAAAGGGAAAAAAACAGAGACUAAGAUAGUUUCAGAUCCCGCAUAUUUUGAUACCUCCUUGAGAUAAUCAACAAUUGGCCUUCCCCGUGUCCAUUUGUUAAGCACACACACAUCACUAGUAUCACCCUUUGCACAAAAAAGCAGGCAGCAGGAUCAAGGCGCUGAGCCACUCUUCAGGCUAGUGACCUGCAGGGAGACUGCAAAUGCUGUCUCAUUCUGCUUGCCUGCAGUCUAAGUUUCCUGGGUAUGGCAGAGAGGUUUCACAACAGGAAAAAGACAGACAUAUGAGAAGGUCUUAAGACCUAAUAAUAACAGCAAACUUCUGGAAAGUGUCAACCACUUAUAGUAAAUUUAAUGCCUGUAAACAAAGGAGAGUAUACAUUUGGUAGUAUAUGCAGUAUAGUGCCCUAAAUACCCUACAGGAUAUAUAGAAUGAACACAGACUGGUUCUGAGUAUGAUAUAUAGCAAUUCUGAAAUAGUAGUCACAAGCUGUUAUAUUUGAAAUAAAAAAAUAUAUAUCUGUGAUAACAGAUCAAACAAGGGGAGGAGCAGGAAGACUAUCCCUGAAGUAAAGUUCAGUUGUAUUUUGGGUGCAUUCGUAUUGUAUCUUUUAUCAAUUAUUCCUAAUGCCGCUGUCAAAAGCAGAUCAAAUUCAUUAAGACCAUUUAAAAUGUUUAAGCCAUUACUCAUAUAGAAAUAGUUUGUGAGUCUUUCCUGAUUGAUACAGCUAUGUUGAAUCAUCCAGAAAUAUUAAUCAAACUGUUUGGAUGAACACAGCUAUGGACCAUUUGUAAAAUAUCUUCUUGGACUAGGUACUCAUGAGAAGGUGACUGUUGAAUUAUUGUCUCUACCUCUGGGUUCAGCAACUGAAAACAUUAAAGCAGAAGGACAUCCAAUAUCAGAUGAUAAGCAGUCAUGAAUUAAUUGCAUGUAUAUAUUAAUGUUGAUAUGAAUGCACAGGUCACGGAUAUCACACCUUUCUGAAGUGCCUGCAUAGCCCUUCCUACUGGACUACUCAAAUUCUUACUGUCCUUAAUAUGCUGAUCUUUACAACUCUCCUGUGAAAAUACAGAAAAUAUAGUUCUUUUGUGGAUAAGAAGAACAAGGACCAGGUCCCCAAGUAUGUUUAAGAAUGGAACUGCUGUUUUGAUUACAGCCCUGGAGAAUUUUAGAGAAGAUUGGUAAGACACCUUCAGGGGUAGCAUAAAGCAGAACUGAACGACCAAAACACCUUUGAUGGUGUCCCAGACCUUGUCCAGUCACAGGAAUUUUGUAUCCAAGGGAAUUUAAUGAGGGUCUUGAUUUCCUAGGUCACAAACUUCUUCCUGAAUUGCCUAGUCGUUACCUAACUGUACCAUUAAUGAGUGAUAAACUGGAAUGGAAUAAAUAAAUAAGUGACACAUAAGGUUAUGUCUCUUCUGCCAUACAGCACGCUUGAAAUAAUAACAACAACUGUUUGUGAAACAUCUACUAGAGCCCUAUUUCAUCAGCUGCUCUCUGAAGUCCAGCUCAAGCCUGACUUCUCCAUCAAGCCGCAGAACAUUUCCUGCAAGGCUCUUGUUUACUCCACAGUAAAAGC